UUUUAUCAACAGCUUGAUAGUUGCUGAAAAAUUCAGUCAGUUCAAAGUAUAUUUUUGUGAAGCUGACGUUCUUAAAAAAGCAAAAAUAAAACUUAAACAGAAAAAGACAUAUUUUUUUUUUAGUGAAUAAAGUUGAAAAAAAGUAGUUUAAAGUAUAUUUAUGCAUCUACUUUACAUCAACUGAAUAAUAUUUUACAUAAAGUUCAGUUAAACACAAGAAGUAUGAAGUAUUUGAGCAAUUUCUACUUUAUUUUUUUACUUGGAUUUUCAAUAGUUCAAGCUCAAAUACUCACUCAAUGGACAACAUUUAGCGAUUGUUCAGCAACAUGCAAUGUAGGUAAUCCAAUACGCACACGUACACGAACUUGCACACCUCAAAAUUUAUGUCAAGGAGUUCCUCUUUUUGAUACUGCUCCCUGUAACACACAAUAUGCAUGUCCAGAAUACAAACUUGGUGAUUGGGGUUACUGGAGUGCUUGCUCAGAGUCGUGUAGAGCAACUCAAUCUAAUCCAACUCGUGUUCGAACUCGUUCAUAUUGUCUCAGUAACUCAACAUCUUCAUAUCUAUGUACACUUAACUAUAUGGUUAGUUUUGAAACUUGUAACACAGCCUCAUGUUUAACAGUAAAAUCUUGCAAUAACAUGAACUUUACAUUUGUCUUUGUGUUGGAUAGUUCAUCUAGUGUUGAUGAUGAAAAUUGGGAAAGUGAAAAAAACGUAGUUUUAAGUUUUGUUAGUAGUUCAACUUUCGGAGUGAAUCAAAAUGUUGAUGUAGCUGUGGUAAACUUUGGAACUACUGCCCAAAUAGAAGUUGAAUGUGGUACGUUUAAGAGUUACACAAGUUUUGCAACUUUUAUGAACAAUUUAAAAAUGUUAGGUGGUGAAACUGCUAUACACAAAGGACUUACAUAUGGUAAAACUGCGUUCCAAAAAUGCCAAAAGCUCAACAUGUAUCCUGUUAUAAUUCUCCUUACUGAUGGUUAUGAAAAUAUGGAUAUGAAUAUUGAUAGCAACAUCAUUAUUGAAGAUAGUAUCAAAAAAGAAGCUCUUGUAGUUGCAGGUGUCACACAUGAAUACAAUAAAGGUGAAAUAGAUAGAAUAACAAGCUAUAUUGUAAAUGGACAAAAUGUAUCUUUUAGCUUCUAUGCUAACGACUUUACCAAUCUUUUAUCCAGCUUAGGAAGCACACUCUACUCCUUUGUCGUCGAAAACAGCCAAUGUGAAACACAAGGACAAUGGACAGUUUGGUCUACUUGGGGUACUUGUUCUCAAGUUUGUGGAGCAACUGGUUAUAUACAACGUUCUCGUUCUUGUAUAAAUCCUACAACAAAGACAGUUCAAGAAGAUUGUGAGUUAGAUGGCUAUAAAGCCAAUUUGGACUUUGCGACUUGUUUUCAGCAGUGCGGUACAUAUGGCGCUUGGAGCGCCUGGAGUAGUUGCUCAGAAACCUGCCAAUCUAAUACUAUUGCGCUCCCAUUUCAAACACAAACUAGAGAUUGUCUAGGUAGUACGGGAUGUUCAGGACCAAGUUCUCAAAAUAUAUCAUGCAAUGUUGGAGUUUCUUGUCCUGGGGUAAUGUCUCCAUGGAGCGCCUGGGGACAAUGUUCAGCAACUUGUCAGCUAACAUUAACAGCGCCAACUCAACAACGGUCUCGUAUUUGUGAGGGAACAACACUUGGCGGGAAUUGUAAUGGACAAUCUACUGUAGCUUCACAAACAUGCAGCACUGGUAUUUAUUGUCCAGGAACUAUAUCAGAUUGGAGUAUGUGGGGUGCAUGCUCUGAUGUUUGUAAUAAUCUUGUUACACCACCCUAUCAAACUAGAAGCCGAUCAUGUAUUGGAUAUUCAUCAUGGGAUCCUAACUAUUAUGGUUGUCCUGGUAUUUCGAAAACUGAGCAAUUACCUUGCAACACAUUUGUUGGUUGUUUAGGAAAUUAUGGUGCUUGGAGUUCAUGGAGUAGUUGCUCAGAAACUUGCCAGUCCAAAAAAAAUUUGCCUCCGUUUCAAACUCAAACUAGACAAUGUGUUGGUAGUACCUUAGAAGCUGGUUGUUCUGGACCAAGUUCUCAAACUGUAGCAUGUAAUGUUGGAGUUUCUUGUCCAGGUAUAAUUUCUUCAUGGGGACCGUGGGGACAAUGUUCAGCUACCUGUCAGCUAACAUCAACAUUACCAACUCAACAGCGAUCUCGUAUUUGCGUGGGAGCAACACUUGAAGGAAAUUGUAAUGGACAAGCAACUGUAGACUCACAAACAUGCAGCUUUGGAGUUUAUUGCCCUGGAACAAUAUCAGACUGGAGUUUGUGGGGUGCAUGUUCUGAUGUUUGUAAUAAUCUUGUUACACCACCCUAUCAAACUAGAAGCCGAUCAUGUAUUGGUUAUUCAUCAUGGGAUCCAAACUAUUUCGGUUGUCCUGGUAUUUCAAAAACUGAGCAACAACCCUGCAAUACGUUGGUUGGUUGUUCAGGUACUUAUGGUACUUGGAGUGCAUGGAGUGUUUGUUCAGAAACCUGUCAGUCUAAUACUAAUAUGCCUCCAUUUCAAACUCAAACUAGACAGUGUUUGGGUAGUACAUUGGGAGUUGGUUGUUCUGGACCAAGUUCUCAAACUACAUUUUGUAAUAAUGGAACUUCUUGUCCAGGCAUAUUAUCUUCGUGGGGAGUAUGGGGACAAUGUUCAGCUACCUGUCAAUUAACAUCAUCAUUACCUACUCAACAACGAACUCGUAAUUGUGUGGGAGCAACAUUUGGAGGGAAUUGUAAUGGACAAGCUGCUGUAGGAUUUCAAACAUGCAGCCUUAGAGUUUUUUGUCCAGGAACAAUAUCAGAUUGGAGUUCAUGGGGUACAUGUUCUGAUGUUUGUAAUAAUCUUGUUACUCCACCUUAUCAAACAAGAAGCCGAUCGUGUAUUGGGUAUUCGUCAUGGGAUCCUAACUACUUGGGUUGUCCUGGUAUUUCAACAACUGAGCAACAACCUUGCAAUACAUUGGUUGGUUGCUCAGGAACUUAUGAUGCUUGGAGUUCAUGGAGUGGUUGCUCUGAGUCAUGCCAGUCUAAUGAUAGUGUGUUUCCUUUUCAAAUUCAAACUAGGCAGUGUGUAGGUAGUACAUUGGGUGCUGGUUGUGCAGGACCCAGUUCUAAAACUGAAUCAUGUAAUAUUGGAGUUUCCUGUCCCGGCAUUUUAACUUCGUGGGAAAGAUGGGGACAAUGCUCAGCUACUUGUCAGCUAACAUCAACAUUACCAACUCAACAACGAUCUCGUAUUUGUGUUGGAGCCACAUUUGGAGGGAAUUGUAAUGGACUUGCUACUAUAGAAUCACAAAAAUGCAGCAUUGGAAUUUAUUGCCCAGGGACAAUAUCAGAUUGGAGUUCAUGGGGUGCGUGUUCUGAUGUUUGUAAUAAUCUUGUUACACCACCUUAUCAAACUAGAAGCCGCAUAUGUGUUGGAUAUUCAUCUUGGGAUCUCAACUAUUUUGGUUGUCCUGAUAUUUCAAAAACUGAGCAACUACCUUGCAAUACAAUGGUUGGUUGUUCAGGCACUUAUAGCGCUUGGAGUGCAUGGAGUGGUUGCUCAGAAUCAUGCCAGUCUAACACUAUCUUGCCUCCAUUUCACAUUCAAACUAGACUGUGUAUUGGUAGUACAUUGGGAGCAGGUUGUUUUGGACCAAGUUCUCAAACUGAAUCAUGUAACUUCGGAGUUUCUUGUCCAGGCAUAUUAUCUUCAUGGGAAGCAUGGGGACAAUGUUCAGCUACAUGUCAGUUAACAUUAACAUUGCCAUUUCAACAAAGAAUUCGUAAUUGCGUGGGAGCCACACUUGGUGGAAAUUGUAAUGAGCAAGCAACUGUAGAAUCACAAAAAUGCAAUAUUGGAAUUUUUUGUCCAGGGACAAUAUCAGAUUGGAGUUCAUGGGGUGCGUGCUCUAAUAAUUGUAAUAAUCUUGUUACACCACCCAUUCAAACUAGAAGUAGAUCAUGUAUUGAGUAUUCAUUAUGGGACUCAAACUAUUUGGGUUGUCCUGGUUUUUCGAAAACUGAGCAACAACCGUGCAAUAGAUUGGUUGGUUGUUUAGGAACUUAUAGUGCUUGGAGUGACUGGAGUGAUUGCUCAGAAACCUGCCAGUCUAAUAUUACUGUACCUCCAUUUCGAACUCAAACUAGACAGUGUUUUAACAGUACAUUAGGUGCUGGUUGUUAUGGACCAAGUUCACUAACUGUAUCAUGCAGCAUUGGAGUUUCUUGUCCAGGCGUAAUAUCUUCAUGGGGAGAAUGGGGACAAUGUUCAGCUACCUGUCAACUAACAUCAACAUUACCGACUCAACAACGAUCUCGUGUUUGUGUAGGAGCAACAUUAGGAGGAAAUUGUAAUGGACAAGCUACUAUAGGUUUGCAGGCAUGCAACAUUGGAACUUAUUGUCCAGGAAAAAUAUCAGAAUGGAGUUUGUGGAGUGAAUGCUCUGGUAUUUGCAAUAAUAUUGUUACACCACCCUAUCAGACUAGAAGUCGUUUGUGCACCGGUUGUUCAACAUGGGAUCCAAACUAUUUUGGUUGUCCUGGUAUUUCAAAAACUGAGCAACUACCUUGCAAUAUAUUAAUUGGUUGUUUAGGUACUUAUGGUACGUGGAAUACAUGGAGUAGUUGCUCAGAAUCAUGUCAGUCUAAUAUUAAUGUGUCUCCAAUUCAAACUCAAACAAGGCAAUGUUUUAAUAGUACAUUAGGAGCUGGUUGUUCCGGACCAAGUUAUCAAACUUUAUCAUGUAAUAUUAGAGUUUCUUGUCCAGGCGUAAUAUCUUCAUGGGGAGCAUGGGGACAAUGUUCAGAAACUUGUCAGCUAACAUCAACAUUACCUACUCAACAACGAUCUCGUGUUUGUGAGGGAGCUACACUUGGAGGGAACUGUAAUGGAGAAGCUACUAUAGAUUUACAGACAUGCAGCAAUGGAAUUUAUUGUCCAGGAAAAAUAUCAGAAUGGAGUUUGUGGGGUGCAUGCUCUGAUGUUUGUAAUAAUCUUGUUAAAAUACCCUAUCAAGCUAGAAGUCGGUUGUGUAUUGGAUACUCAUCAUGGGAUCCCUAUUAUAUGGGUUGUCCUGGUAUUUCAAAAACUGAGCAACAACCUUGCAAUAGAUUGGUUGGUUGUUUAGGUACUUAUGGUACUUGGAGUGCCUGGAGUGAUUGCUCAGAAACCUGCCAGUCUAAUAUUACUGUGCCUCCAUUUCGAACUCAAACUAGACAGUGUUUUAAUAGUACAUUGGGAGCUGGUUGUUCUGGACCAAGUUUUCUAACUGAGUCAUGCAAUAUUGGAGUUUCCUGUCCAGGCACAAUAUCAUUGUGGGGAUCAUGGGGACAAUGUUCAGCUACCUGUCAGCUAACUUCAACAUUACCAACUCAACAACGAUCUCGUGUUUGUAUGGGAGCAUCACUUGGCGGAGAUUGUAAUGGGCAAACUACUAUAGGUUUACAAACAUGUAGCGUUGGAGUUAUUUGUCCAGGAACAAUAUCAGAUUGGAGUUUUUGGAGUGCAUGCUCUUAUGUUUGUAAUAAUCUUGUUACACCACCCUAUCAAACUAGGAGUCGAUCAUGUAUUAGUUAUUCAUCAUGGGAUUCUAACUAUUUGGGUUGCCCUGGUGUUUUAAAAAAUGAGCAACAGCCUUGCAAUACAUUAAUUGGUUGUUUAGGUACUUACGGUGCUUGGAGCCCAUGGAGUGGGUGCUCAGAAUCCUGCCAGUCCAAUUCUAAUAUUCCUCCCAUUCAAACUCAAACUAGGCAGUGUGUUGGUAGUACGUUGGGAGCUGGUUGUUCUGGACCUAGUUCCCAAACUUUAUCAUGUAAUGUAGGCAUUCCUUGUCCAGGUAUUUUAGGCGAUUGGACAACCUGGGGAGCCUGCUCAGCUUCUUGUCAACUGGACUUUAGUGUUCCAAAACAAACCAGCACUCGCACUUGUUCUGUUGCUUCUUUAGGUGGUAAUUGUAAUGGUGCAACUCUAAUUCAAUCUAAAAACUGUAAUGCAAACGUUUAUUGUCCAGGAACAUUAAGUGGGUGGAGUUCAUGGGGUUUAUGUUCUGCAUCAUGUAAAAGUCAAACCGAUGGACCGUAUCAGUAUAGAAGCCAAUCUUGCGUUGGUGCUUCUACUUGGAAUCCAAAUUAUGAAGGUUGUAAUAAUGCUAGUUUAAAUGAAUACCGACUUUGCAAUCAAAAUGUUCCGUGUCCAGUUUUAGGUGUUUAUUCUGUUUGGUCAGAAUGGAGUACUUGUUCUGAAUCAUGUCAAUUAAGUAUUGAAAUGCCUCCAUUUCAAUUUCGCUCAAGAAAUUGCGAAAAAUUUACAUCAGGUGGUGUUUGUGUUGGCGUUUCUUCUGAAACUCGAAGUUGCAAUUUACAAGUAUCAUGUCCAGGUCAAUUGACUAAUUGGACACCAUGGAGUCAAUGUCCAGCCACAUGUCAAACAACAAAUGGUCAAUAUAACAUGCGGUACAGAAAAAGAGAAUGUCUUAAUACAUCUUUCAAUGGAAAUUGUGAGGGUGCUAUAACAAUAGAAGAAAUACCAUGUGCUAUAAUCUUCCCUUGUUUCGCUAAAGGAACUUCCAGUGCAAUUACUGAUACUGGUGUUAUUCAAAAGUCACGAUUGAGCUUAUUUGUAUUUGUAUUUCUAUGUAUGCACUUAUUUACUCGUUAAUUUGAAUAUUGUUUUUAAAUUUAUAGUUUUAGAAAACAUAUUUUUUUAAUAGUUGUGAUUAUUUUUUAUUGCAUUCACAUUCCUGUGGCUUGGGUCAAGUAAAAUUCUUUUCUCUUUUUUACGCACCUAUUUAGUCACUAAGUUGAGUGUUUUUAAAAGGUAUAAUUUUGGUUAACAUAUUUUUUAAAUAGU